UGAUUGGAUUCGUCAAUACUAACUAUGAAGUUUGCACAGUAGGUAUUUGCAGUAGUGUGUCCGGGUUCACAGGUGUCAUAUGGUCCACUUCUGCCGUCCGCGAAUUGCUUAUUUCAUGUGAAUUAUGCUCAGCACUACACGUUUACAAGCUUCUUCAGCUUUCUUGGGCGAGUCGCACGUUCGCCCAGUAGGCGCUACGCAGGUCAUCCAUGCGUCGACGUCGCCGCGUUGCACGGACACUGCCCUCGCUGCACAGUUAGGGGGCCUUUCCAGUCAUGGCUACGUACGGAAAUUCCAAAAACCCUUUGGGUCAUCACGGAAUCUGCGCGGCAGCCUUUUGUCUCCUGCCCAUGCGCUGCUCAAUGACGAUGCGCUAGCUGGCGACGUAGCGCUAGACGAGCAGGACGCUGUUGUGGCUGCUGAAGGCGCUCGCAACUUCAUGCAGCUCUCGGACAUGUCCGAUGCGUCGCUCCAGGUCCGCAUGGUGCAGUGGUACCCGGGCCACAUCGCGCGGGCGGAGCGGCAGCUCAAGGAGCAGCUGAGUAUGGUGGAUGUGGUGCUGGAGGUGCGGGACGCGCGCAUACCCGUGUCCACACACCACCCGCAGGUGUCCACUUGGGUGGGCGCCAAGCCGCGGCUGCUGCUGUUCAACCGGGCCGACCAGGUCUCCCCCGCCGACCUGGCGGCGUGGCGGCAGCACUUCGCGCAGCGGGGGCAGCGAGUGUGGUGGACGGACGGACGCAACGGCGAGGGGGUCAAGGCGGUCAAGAAGGAGCUGCUCAAGGUCGCCUCCGAGCUCAACGCCCGCCGCGCCCGCCGCGGUCUGCAGCCCCGCCCCGUCCGCGCCGUCGUCAUCGGCUUCCCCAAUAUUGGCAAGUCCGCGCUCAUCAACCGCCUGGUGGGGCGGCGCGCGGUGGAGUCGGCACCCAAGCCGGGCGUCACUCGUGCGCUGCGGUGGGUGCGUGUGGACCCGCAGCUGGACCUGCUGGAUGCGCCGGGCGUCAUUCCCGCGUCCAUGCGCGACCAGCUGGCGGCGCAGCGACUGGCCAUGUGUAAUGACAUUGGGGAGGCGGCCUACCUGGCGGCGGCGGUGGCGGCGGCGCUGGUGCUGCGGAUAAAGCAGCUGGCGGCGGCGGAGGAGAAGGAGGAGAAGGAGAAGGAGGC